AUGAAUGUCUCUGUCAUAACGGUCCGACGUGUUCUGCCUCCAUCCAAGUUCAGAGAGAAAAGGGAGCUCGACAAGUCCUCCAUACCCUAUGGUAACCUGGGAUGGGUAAAAUGGCAGGGUUCCCUUCCUUAUGGAGCCAUUUCCAUUUACAAUGACUAUGAGAAGCGCACCGACUACGUCUGCAAAUUUGAAUGCCGUUCUGGAUUUUACAACCCCAGGAAGGGCUCUUACUGCCCCUACCCCAAUAGAAAGAAAGAGUAUCUUUCCUCCUCAUUUCAAAAUCUUGUGAAUGAAGGUAAUUUGGACAUCUUGAAGUGGAAGGAAGGUUCUUAUGGUUCUGUUCCAAAGAAUUCAGUCAGAACCUGCUCUAGUGAAGAAAUCUAUGUAGGGAAGAACGAGUACGGUUGUGUUCCAAAAGAUGGCUGCUUUUAUCUUCCCUGGAAAGGCAGUGAGUAUUGGUAUAAGAGGAUCUAUGAGGUUCUGACCAAUAUGAAGGCUGAAGAAGAGAUUAUCUCUGAUUUCAAGUAUAUCACAGACAAAGCAAAACUUAUCAAAGACUCCCUGAAAGCCCUGCAAACUUCUACUACCAAUAAUGCCCUAGGUCCUGUGAUAAAAACAGUUUCUUUGUCCAAGUCAUUCAGAAAUGAGGGACGAUGGGACUCAAAGUCCUCCAAAACAAUCGAUGUCCACACCGAGGAGACAGCCACUGAGGUCCGAAUGGAGUUCAGUGCCUUGAGAUGA